UCUAUGUUGGGGAGUUUGUACCUUGAGUAUAAUCUAUUGAGUGGGCCAUUCCCAAAAAACAUUGGAAAACUUCCAAGUCUUGUUUUUCUUUCUUUGUCCAGGAAUCAAAUUACAGGGUCAUUCUCCGAUUUUUCAGUGUUUCCAUCGUUGGAAAGCUUAUUUGUUGAAAACAAUCAGUUGAAUGGGACUAUAGACAGAAGUAUUGGACAGCUUCACAUGCUUAAGUCUUUCAGCUGCGCUUUCAACUCAUUAAAAGGCAUAAUCUCUGAAGCCCACUUCUCUAACCUCUCCAGUUUGCGGCAUUUGGACUUCUCUUAUAAUGCUCUAACUUUUAACUUCAGUUCUGAUUGGGUUCCUCCUUUUCAACUUGAUGUUAUAAAGUUUUCAUCUUGCAAGUUGGGUCCGCAUUUCCCAAAGUGGCUUCGAACUCAAAAUAAUUUUUUGGUGCUUGAUAUCUCUAGUAAUGGAAUUGCAGGUAAUAUUCCCAGUUGGUUAUGGGAUUUAUCCCCGAGAUUAGAUUAUCUAAACCUCUCUCAUAACCAGAUUAUCGGCUUGUUGCCUGAUCUAUCGUUAAGGUUUCAGAAGUAUCCCACAAUAGAUUUAAGUUAUAAUCUUCUUACAGGUCCAAUACCACCAGUUCCUCUAAAUGUAUCGUCUUUGAAUCUCUCUGGGAAUAAGUUCAGAGGCUCGCUUUCUUUCUUAUGUGCCAUUACUGUUGAGAAGCUCAUCUAUCUUGACCUCUCAAAUAACCGACUAUCGGGAAAGCUUCCAUAUUGUUUGUCCCGCUUCAAAGAAGUAUCCAUCCUCAGUUUGGCAAAUAACAAUUUUCAUGGGAAAAUUCCCAGCUCUAUUGGCUCGCUAAGUCAAAUCCAAACAUUGAACUUGCGGAACAACAACUUAUCCGGGGAAGUGCCUUCUUCUCUUAAGAGAUGCACGAUGCUGAGUAUUCUUGACUUAAGAGGAAACAGAUUCACAGGAAAAGUACCAACAUGGUUGGGAACACACCUGACAAGUUUGAUUGUCCUUAUUCUUCGAUCCAAUGAGUUUAAUGGAAGCAUACCUAGACAAAUAUGUCAUCUGAACCAUAUUCAAAUCGUGGACUUAUCCUUGAAUCGUCUAUCCAGAAAUAUACCACUGUGCUUUUCCAAUUUUACUGCUCUGGUGGAAAGUAAGAAUUCUCAUGCCUCCACAAUUUUCGAUUAUGGACCAUAUGUUGGUGAUGGAGGUUUCGUUGUGCAGUUUGGUGGUACAUAUGUAGCUAAUGCAUUCGUGCAAUGGAAAGGACAAGACCAGGAGUACGGGAAAAAUCUGGCACUACUGAAGAUCAUUGAUCUUUCUAGCAAUAGAUUAUCCGGAAAAAUUCCUGAACAAGUUUGGAGUCUUGUAGGGUUGCAUUCCCUGAACCUCUCGAGAAACACUUUGACAGGGAAAAUCGUCCAAGAUAUCGGGCAGAUGGAAAUGUUGGAAUCUCUUGACUUGUCUGCAAACAGACUUUCUGGUGAAAUUCCUAGAAGCCUUGCUCAUCUCGAUUUUUUAAGUGUUUUGGACCUGUCAAGUAACAAUUUGUCUGGUAAAAUCCCUUUAAGCACGCAACUACAAAGCUUUAAUGCUUCUUCAUAUUUUGGGAAUCCUAAACUUUGUGGGGUUCCACUUCCCAACAAGUGCCCAGGAGAAGAAAAAACAGCAGAAUCUCCCAAAGACAAAAACAUUCCAGAAGAUGAGGAUAGUUCCAUUACACAAGGAUUUUAUGUUAGCAUGGGGCUUGGUUUCUUCUUCGGAUUUUGGGGAGUUUUUGGUACUAUACUUUUCAAUAGUCGGUCUCGACAUGCAUUUUUCAUGUUCUUGAACCACAUAAUGGAUUGGAUCUAUGUGACCAUUGCAUUGAACCGGGCUAGACUACAAAGGAGGCUUUAGAUCUUAUCGGUCAUGUUGCAGAACAAGACUCUUUGGUCCUGAAAUUGCUAUGAUAAUGUUUGGUUGUGGACCUUUCCAAGGAGAUAUCUAAAUUGACUACAUUUUAUAGGACCUCUCUGGUUCUCCUGCUAUGUUGUUCAGCGAGCCCAUGCUCUAGUAGCAUAAGCCUUAGUUGAUUUUGUUGAUAGUCUUAGCAAGGGAUAGAAGAGUGGUCGCUACACGCACUACAUAUUAUUUUUCUUACCCUAUUAAUGUUUGCUUUUGUUGACGACUCCAGAAACCAUGCAUAGCCAUCUCUAAUUAUCCUUGCUUGGCAGUUCUGUAUAUUUAUUGGGGCAGUGUGUUUAUUCUCUGUUCUUUUUUUAUAUUUCUUUUUCGAAGCUAAAGAGUAGAAAGUGUUGAAAAAUGUAUGCAUUAUAAUUUGUUGGAAAAUUAUAUGUAUUACAAUUAAUUAUUUUGAUGAUUAAUUUAAUUAUAUUUUUAUUCGGCAAAUACAAAUUUAUCGAAAAGUCCUUUCGCGGACUAAAUAUUUCGUGACCUUGAAAAAUAGCAUAAAGUCUUUUGGAUUCAAUGAUUAAUAUUUACAAAGACUUAUUGAGCUCAAUACAUGCUUUAACGGAUUUAUUCAGAUGCAUUUUUGAGCUAUAGGUUGACGAACCGGCGACAGACCAGAGAAGUGUGUCAACCAGAGGGCACCGG